GUGGGCUUUUUACGUUUAGGUCCUCUUGUUCAUCCAAUGAUCUUUAGUUUUUGUCCAAUAGAUUGUGUAGGUGAGAACUGAGAAUGAGAAGUCAGGAAUUCAUCACCAUUUUUUUUUUUAAUUUGUUUUACAAACAAAGACAAAACACUGUUGAAUCAUCUAACCUUGCCGUUUAAUUUAGAAAAAACAGAACAAAAAUGUCAGAACUUUUGUGUAGUUGAUGUUAUUCUUCUGUCUGAUUAGUAGGAAGCAACAAUGAAUUUAAACACCACAUGCAUCUUCUUUUUGAACCAACCAAAGCAGACUCUCUCAACAUUAUCUCUCAGCGACAAGUUUAGUUCAGAUUCCUCUAGAACCCAUUUUCAGAUGUCUCGUCAGAUUUCCGGCCAACCCUCUCGCCGUCUCAUCGUCUCCAAUGCUGCUUCUUCUCCUUCUCUCUCUGGUGGCUUCCCAGGUAACUACCAUAUUGAGGUUUCUUGACUCACCUAUGAGAUUUAGUAUUCUGCUAAUUGUGGAACAUUUGAGCUUAUAGUUCCAAUUGGAUGAAAUUAGAUUUGAGUAAUCUCUCUGUGUAUCACAAAUUGUUCCUUUUUCUCCCAUAAAGAUCUAAUUUUAUAUGAGUAAUCUUCUUGUUUCAUGAAUAUUUAGAUGCUGGAGCACAUAGUAAAGAGGAGAUGGAAGCUGAAACAGAACAGGAUCCAAUGAACCUAGCUGAUCCAGACAGUUGUUUCUGUGAGUUUCAAGGUGUUCAUAUACACCACAAAGUGUUAGAUCCACAUACACUCUCUGAUGAUGUUUCAAACACAAGCCCUCAUGCUCAAGAAACACCAAAAACCAAGUUUCCGAUGAUUCUAUUGCACGGUUUCGGCGCUUCUGUGUUCUCCUGGAACAGAGUUAUGAAGCCAUUAGCUCGUCUCGUUAGUUCAAAAGUUCUUGCCUUUGAUAGACCAGCAUUUGGUUUGACUUCUCGGAUUUUUCACCCGUUUAGUGGUGCUACCAAUGAUGCAAAACCAUUGAAUCCCUACUCCAUGGUGUAUUCCGUGCUCACUACGUUGUAUUUCAUCGAUGUUCUUGCUGCCGAUAAGGCGAUUCUUGUGGGGCAUUCUGCUGGUUGCCCUGUAGCUUUAGAUGCUUACUUUGAAGCCCCGGAGCGUGUUGCUGCUCUCAUUCUCGUCGCUCCAGCUAUAUUCGCUCCCCGUCCUGUGGCCACAACUGAUGCUGGAGAGAACCGUGACAAAGAAGCUCCCACUAGCAACUUUCUAGGGACUCUAGUUGAGUUAACCAAAGGUGUUAUAAGAGCAGUAUUGAGAGUGGUAACGGGAAUGGCGAAUAUGCUGAGUUCUCUCUACAAGAAAGCUUUAGCAGCUUUCCUCAGAUCCUUCCUUGGAGUAAUGCUGGUGAGGAUGGCAAUCAAUAAAUUUGGAGUAACAGCUGUUAGGAACGCGUGGUAUGACUCAAAACAAGUGACGGAUCAUGUCGUGCAGGGUUAUACAAAGCCUCUUAAAGCCAAGGGAUGGGACAAAGCUCUCGUGGAAUUCACGGUGGCUACACUAACAGAUAAUAAUGGCUCAGAGAAAAAACUCCCAUUGUCUAAAAGGCUUCAAGAAAUCAAAUGCCCUGUUCUGAUUGUGACGGGAGAUACGGACCGUAUUGUGCCAGCAUGGAACGCAGAGAGGCUGGCACGAGCCAUACCGGGAUCAGUGUUCGAAGUAAUUAAGAAAUGUGGUCAUCUUCCUCAAGAGGAAAAACCAGAUGAAUUCAUAUCUAUUGUUGCAAAGUUUCUAGGGAAUGCUUUUGGAGGGUCACAACAACAAGACGUGGACUUGAAGUUCCAAGGCAUUGUAUCAUGAAGUAUAACUAUAUAUUUUAGCUCAAUCAAGACUAAAUUUUAGAGAGAUUCUUCAUGUUAUUGGACCUGAAGAAACAAAUGUCGACAAUAUCAAAGACUAGAUAGAUAUAGAAUAAAAUAACCGAGAGACAUUGAUUCUUCAACAGAUUGAUAUAUAAGCGAGAAUAAUACACCAUGUGGUGCUUCUUGCGAGUGCGGGCAAGUUUUGCAGAGUCCAGUUGAUUAGCUUGGAGCUUGAAGCUGGCUUGAAGCUCCAACUCGUCAAGCCAACGCAAAGUUUCUGGAAGAACAAAGUCGGCAACAUUUUGAAACUCAAAGCGAGGGGUGCAAAGGACUGUGCAGUCUUCCUCAGCCAAGAGGGCGACAUGCUUCUUGUUCGUCAGAGUAGCAGCAGUCUCAUCUUCCAGAUUCUUCUCAUUCGCCUGAGCCAUGUACUGCCUGAACUUUUCGAGAUAAGCCAAACUAGGGGCGCAUCUCAUUGCAAUAGUAAACAUGUAACCAAGAGCAUCCACUUUCAGGCGCUUGCACUUGUCCAGUGAAUCACAAUCUCAUGCGGAUACUGUGAAUCAGUUUCCUUGCAUAUAGCAACUUGUUGGCGAGCAAGAGACAAGUGAGUAGGAUCAAAUCGCUGAUAGAGGAGGCCACCGGGAUGAGUUCGAUUGCGGGGAGGAAACUCUCUAGAAACCUUAGAGAGCAUAUGCAUAAAGGUUUUCCCUACGCACCUAACCGUCUCGACGGAAGUCUUAUGGAUAAGGUCAAACUUAGGGCAAGCCUUGGCCUCGAACCUGACAAAGAGUGAUCUCGUAAGGUCCUUGAGAGAAACAGAUACGAUGGCAUCAACAAAAUCCUUUUCAGUUAGAAGGACACUCAUCUUCUUGAAAAUCAUCAUCUCAUCCACCAUCUCUGCUUUAUCUAUCUGCACAAGUACGAGUCCAAAAUAUACAGGAAUAUCAAUCAUCAACUCAUCAUGUCUACAUAUGCAGCUAAAUUUCAAUUCUAUGCAAUGCAAACAGAGACCAUUGUUUUACCAAACCUAUGCUCUCACUUAUGUUUAU